AUGGGCGAGAGGGAUGCCGGGAACUUGUGCUGGGCCUACUGGCCGCUCGACCUGCUCUCCGCUUGGGCGGCUGUUUCAGAUUCGGUGGUCGUCAGGUCCUCGGCCAUUCGGGACUCGUCUCCCUCUUGCUUCCAUCCAAUGACGACACUUGCAUCGAGUCAUCACGGCUCCUUCAACCUCAACUUUCCGGUGCCGCAGGCCAAGCCCUGCCGGCCGGACUCAGACUGGCCAUGCGUAGGCACAUCGUCGCCAGAUCCAGUCGGCCGACAGGACCGACUGCACCUCCAGCCUGGCUGGAUGAUCUGCGUCGAGCAAUUCGUGCGCGCAGACUCAUUCCACCAUUCCUGCCUUAUGCGCUACUUUGCGCUUAUGAUCAGUCCACUUCUCGUCCUUUGGCCUAAACCCAACCGGGCAGGCGUUCUCGCUGGCGAGGUCACUGAGGUACUCCUUCUCGAUGUGACUCCACUCUCGUUGGGCAUCGAGACACUCGGUGGUCUAAUGACCCGACUAAUCGGCCGCAAUUCAACCAUACCCACCAAGAAAUCACAGGUUUUCUCUACAGCCAUCGACGGACAGACUCAGGUUGCAAUUCGUGUCUACCAGGGUGAGCGAGAUGUGGCCAGCGGGAACAAACUUCUAGGCGAAUUCUCUUUGGUCGACAUCCCUCCAGCCCCACGAGGAGUGCCUCAGAUCGAGGUAACCUUCGACAUUGAUGCUAACGGCAUCGUGCAUGUAUCGGCCCGGGAUAAGGGCUCCGGGCGAGCCCAGCAGAUUGUGCUGCGGCCGGGCUCCACGCAAGAGGUCGUCGGCGACAAAAGCGCUUGUGAUGCCUGUCCCACUGAGACGCCUGGUGGGCUAUCAAGCAAACAAGUCGACCUCCUGGUCGAGCAGGCGGCUGCCAGCCACGAGGCUGACGCGAAACGCCGCUUGAUGGUCGAGGCGAUCACGCGGGCCGACGCUCUCCUCGAGGAGGUGGAGCUACGCUGCCGUGAAUUCUGCGACCAGUUGAAACCGGCACCGAUGAAGCAACUCUUGGCUCGAGUAGCUGCUUUGCGAUCUCAGAUAGCUCGGCCGAUCAAGACGUCUAGGGUAGAAGAAGAAGAAGAGAGUAAAGGAACUACGAUGGUACCGGAUCUCGAGACGGCACUCAAGGCCGGUAUUGAUCCAGAGAGCUUAGAGAAGACCCUUGAAGAGAUCAAGCAAGAGGCGCUCAUUCUCUUCAAAAACGCCUAG